CUGUUGUACCUAAGUUCCAUCUUUUUGCUCUUAAUCUUUGGGCUGAUGUCUUUCAAACGGGACUGCUAGCACCGCGGUGUAAGUGAGCUGCAGGAUUCAUUGGGGGAGGCACAGGCAGGGAGGGAGGUUGCACACAAUCCUCUGAGCUCUGUCCCUGCAGGGGCGGUAUGUUUUGGGCACACUUAAUGCAAAUGCACACUAACAAGCUCCCAGGUGACCCCAGCGCUACAUUGAAUAACAAGGCGACUGUGCCUGGGUGGAAGAAUGGCGCUUUAAGGAAGGAGAGGCUCCAGGAUUUAGCAGCUGACAUCACAUCAGCCUGUUGUUUUGUUGAACUGACUCAGAUCUGCCUGAGCAUCUUGCUGAGGUGCUAAAAAGAGAGAAGGGUUACAGAACAUGCCACACGAGAGACAGUGUCCUCUGCCAUGGAAAAACGGGAGACAUUCAUGCAAGCUGUGUCUAAGGAGCUGAUUGGAGAAUUUUUGCAGUUUGUUCAACUUGAUAUUGUUCCAGAUUGGCUACAUGGAGUCUCUUUAAGCUGGAUUCUCCACCCUUUUCACAGUGGCCUUCGUUUGCUGUGUCAGACGGAGAAAGAUGCUUCUGACCCCUUCAACCUAAAUGAGUUACUAGAUGAAUUAUCAAGGAAACAGAAAGAAGAGCUAUGGCAGAGGCUCAGGGAUUUACUGACAGAGGUGUUGUUAGACAGCCCUGUGGAAGGGUGGCACAUGGUGGAGGCCCAGGGUGAAGACAAUAUGGAAAUGGAACAUGACUCACAAAUGAAAAAAAGCAUGGAAAUAAUUUAUGCAAUCACAUCAGUGAUUCUUGCUUCUGUGUCUGUAAUGGAUGCAAGUGAGAACUACGAAGACUUGCUGGGAUGCGCUGUUCUGUUAAACGGUAUUUUAUAUGCAUUGCCUGAAUCUGCACGAAAGUUGCAAGGCUCCAUUCAGGAUCUGUGUGUCAUGUGGUGGGAGAAAGGCCUGCCUUCCAGGGAAGAUAUGGGGAAGACGGCUUUCAUCAUGUUGCUGCGGAAGAGCCUCAAGACUAAAACGGGUGCAGACAUAUGCCGGCUUUGGCGUAUUCACCAAGCUCUGUAUUGUUUCGAUUAUGAUUUGGAGGAAAGUAGAGAAAUUAAAGACAUGCUGCUUGAGUGCUUCAUAAAUGUAAACUAUAUCAAGAAGGAAGAAGGAAGAAGAUUUCUUAGUUCCCUCUUCAACUGGAAUAUAAAUUUCAUUAAAAUGAUCCACGGGACCAUUAAGAACCAGUUACAGGGGUUACAGAAAUCUUUGAUGGUACACAUUGCAGACAUUUAUUUCAGAGCUUGGAAAAAGUCUUCAGGGAUAAUAUUGGAGACAAUUGAAAACGCUUGCAUCCAGGACUUCAUGUACCAUGGGAUCCACCUUCCGAGGAGGUCUCCAGUGCACACCAAAGUGCGAGAGGUGCUGAGUUAUUUUCACCGUCAGAAGAAAGUACGGCAGGGAGUGGAGGAGAUGCUUUGCAGGUUAUACAAGCCCAUCCUCUGGAGAGGAUUGAAGGCAAGAAACUCGGAAGUCCGGUCAAACGCUGCCCUGUUGUUCAUUGAAGCAUUUCCUAUUAGGGAUCCAAACUUUAAUGCCAUUGAAAUGGAUAGUGAAAUUCAGAAACAGUUUGAAGAACUCUAUAGCCUUUUAGAAGAUCCUUAUCCGAUGGUCCGUUCCACAGGGAUCCUUGGUGUCUGUAAAAUAACUUCCAAAUACUGGGAAAUGAUGCCUCCUACCAUUCUUAUUGAUCUCCUGAAGAAGGUAACUGGGGAACUGGCACUGGACACGAGCUCGGCUGAUGUGCGCUGCUCUGUUUUUAAGUGUCUGCCUAUAAUUUUAGAUAACAAACUAAGCCACCCACUAUUAGAGCAGCUUUUGCCGGCCCUGAAAUACAGUCUCCAUGACAAUUCGGAGAAAGUGAGAGUGGCUUUUGUGGAUAUGCUGUUGAAAAUCAAAGCCGUGCGUGCUGCUAAGUUUUGGAAAAUAUGCCCCAUGGAACACAUUUUGGUCCGUCUGCAAUCGGAUUCCCGGCCUGUGUCGCGGCGCCUGGUCAGCCUCAUCUUUAACUCGUUCCUGCCCGUGAACCAGCCCGAGGAGGUGUGGUGUGAGCGCUGUGUCACGUUGGUCCGGAUGAACCACGCGGCCGCCAGGAAGUUCUACCAGCACGCGCACGAGCACACCGCCUGCACGAACAUAGCAAAGCUGAUUCAUGUGAUUCGCCAUUGCUUAAAUGCCUGCACCCGGAGGGCCGUGCGAGAGUCGCGGGAGGACGGCGCCGAGCAGGAGAAGGAGAACGUGAGCGUUCUGGACAAAACAUUGUCAGUAAGUGACAUUGCGUCCAUGGCAGGUCUACUAGAAAUUGUUGUGAUUCUUUGGAAAAGUAUUCACCGAAGUAUGGAAAAUAACAAGGAGGCCAGAGUCUACACCAUUAACAAGUUUGCCUCUGUGCUCCCUGAGUACCUGAAAGUAUUCAAGGACGAUCGCUGCAAGACCCCUUUGUUUAUGCUGAUGUCCUUUAUGCCAGCCUCUGCUGUGCCUGCGUUCAGCUGCAGUGUGAUGUCCAGGUUAAGGAACCAAAAGGAGGGAGUUGCAGACAAGAGUUACUGCACUUUGUUGGACUGUCUCUGCUCCUGGGGGCAGCUGGGUCUCGUCCUGGAGCUCAUCUGUGACUGGCUGCCAGGGCAGCCCCAGAGCAAGAGUAACUCGGGAUCUAAGCGGAAGGUGCAAGUCCGUGAUACACGCCCAGUAAAACCUGAGCUGGCGCUGCUCUACACAGAGUAUUUGCUGACCCACGUGCAGAACCGAGAGUGCCUGCUCUCUGCUCCCCAGAAGACACUCAACCAUCUUUUGAAGGCACUGGAAACGUCAAAGGUGGACCUGGAAUCAGUUUUACAGUCGCCAGGUGGGAAGACUCACCACCUGAAUGAAGCGACGGCCCUUCGUGCCUUCAGCCUCCACUGCCGCCUGAGCAUCCACCUUCAGCACAAGUUCUGCUCAGAAGGAAAAGUGUACCUGUCCAUUUUGGAAGACACUGGGUUUUGGUUAGAAAGCAGAGUUUUGUCUUUUAUCCGAGAUAAAGAAGAGGAACACCUGAAGCCUCAGAGGGUCGUUUAUCAGCAAAUUAUCCAGACUUACCUGGCUAGUUGCAAAGACGUCAUUAUGGCUGGCCUUGGUGACUCUAAGUUUCAGAUUCAGCUUUUACAGUGGAGUCUUGGAAUUAUGCAAACAGUGAAGGGAUUCUUUUAUGUCUCGUUACUCCUUGGCAUUCUGAAAGAGGCAGCGAGAAGCUCCUUGGUGCAGAAAGCAAACUCAGACGAAGAUGUCACAGCGCUGUUUGACAUGGUCCAGAAAGUGUUUCAGAAAAUGCUGGAGUGUAUGGCACGGAGCUUCAAGAAGCAGCCAGAAGAAGGCCUGCGGCUCCUUUAUUCUGUGCAGACCCCUCUUCAUGAGUUUAUAAUGACCGUUCAGACUUGGCACAUGGACACGCCUGUUCACCGGGGUGUGCUUUCUACUGUCAUUGCUGCAUCUGUGGUGGAGAUAAGUCACCAGCUCCGAAAGGUUUCUGAUGCAGAAGAGCUUACUGCCUCCGAGUGCCUUUCAGAGCUUCCCCCGUUUUCAAGGUGCUUAAUAGGAAUAAUAAUAAAAUCUCCGAGUGUGGUCAGAUCAUUUUUAGAUGAAUUAAAGGCAUGUGUUACUUCUGACGAUAUUGAAGGCAUUGUAUGUCUGACAGCUGUAAUGCACAUUAUUUUGGUUAUUAAUAAAGGUAAACAUAAGAGUUCAAAAGUAAAGGAUGUUGCAGCCACUGUUCACAGAAAACUAAAGACAUUCAUGGAAAUUACUCUAGAAGAGGAUAGCUUGGAAAGAUUCCUCUACGAGUCAUCCUCAAGAACUCUGGGAGUGCUCCUGAAUUCAUGACUGAGCUGACCUCUUCGGUCACGUAAAAUGGAGAAAAAGGACUCACAGAAAAUAAAAUGAAUGAUAUUUUCUUAGCAUUUUUAAUGCUAACAACCCAAAUAAUGGAGAAGUGGGGGAUUUAUUUGGAGCUGUAUGAGUAGAAAACUCAAAGUUUCUUAUGUUUUUGCCAGUGCCUGCAUAAACAAUAUACUUCAGGUAAAGAAUUCCAGUGGUACAGAAACCCGUGGUGCAAAAAAAAAGACGCUUAUAGCAAACCCAGCUGUUUUAAAGAUGGCUUUUAUAUAUAGUAUAUUGCUUGCAAACUAUGAGUAAUAAAGCAAUGACAACAUC